GGUUUUUGAUGGUUGAAAUCAUCUCCACAGAAAUCUUUCAAACUUCCCGGAAAUGUAUUUGGGGCCAACAGCUAUCGGACUUUUCGUUUGGGGUGAAAAAGGAAGAUCAGCUAAAUGCGGAGGUUUGAGUCGCGAGGGUGCUGUUUUGUGUUUCCCCGGGCUGGGUUUCUUUACGCUGGGGGUUUACCCGGUUAGGCCAACCCGGAUCAGGUUUCGCCAGGUUUGAGGGUGUCCGGGCUGCCCUGUCCCCAACCCGACUUCCCCACCUACGAGGCACCCUACCCCUUCUUACGGUAUCACAUACGGUAUCUCUAUGUUCUCGUUUGAUGUUCUAUAAAUGGAAAAUAAAAGCAAUAGCUUCCUAGGGUGAUGUUUUGAGAAAAAGAGAUAGUACAAAAAGCUUAAAAUGAGCUUCAGUGAGCAUAUGAAUCCGGUUUGCCCCUAACCCUGACCUUUUUUAGGAAUGAGGCGUUGCUUUUAGCUGUUCCUGGAGGUAAUAUACACCGUGAUUUAUCUUGGAUGGAGACACAACACUGGUAUUUCACAACCAUCUUUCCUUCUCCUGGUCCAGACUUCUCAAAGAGCCCUGCUCGGAGGAGGAGGGGCAGCAGAGCCCCACUUCUGCUUUCUUAGGGCUCUGUGCUUCCCCAGAAGGAAGAAUUAAAAAUGAGUAUGUUCAAGGAAGCAGUGACAUUUAAGGAUGUGGCUGUGGCCUUUACUGAAGAGGAGCUGGGACUGUUGGACUCUGCCCAGAGGAUGCUGUACCAAGAUGUAAUGGUUGAGAACUUUAGGAACCUGCUCUCAGUGGAAGAGAACAGUCAAAGUGAGUUAAGGACUGUUCAAGAUGGAGGAUCAAAUGAAGAGCUUUCCUGUUGGGAAAUCUGGCAACAAAUUGCAAAUGAUUUAACCAUGUAUCAAGACCCCUUGAUAAAUAAUUCUCAAUUUCAUAAACAAGGUGAUUCCCCCCACCAGGUAGGGAUAGGACUGUCUAUUCAACUUUCUGAAUAUGAGAACUAUAUGUUAAAUCAUAAAGCAGAUGAUCUCAACAAUACUAGAAAUCCAGAGUUUCUGACUCUGAGAAGCUGCGAUUUUCUGAGGAAAUCUUUUCUGACCACGUCACAGAAUUACCAAAAUGGAUAUCAGCAAAUUCCCAUGAAAAAAAAACUGUGUCAGUGUAAACAGGGUGUUGACCCCAUCAGUUGGAUUUCACAUCACCAUGAUGAUUAUAGAACACACACAAGUGGAAAAUGUCAUAGAUCUGAUGAUUAUGGAAAAGACAGCAUGAAGAUUUUGACAUUUGAUCAGAACAGCAUGAUUCACACAGGACGGGAACCUUACCAGUGUAACAAGUAUAAAAAAACCUCCAGUGAUCUUUCCAGCUUUGAUCUUCAACAGCAAUUACAAUCAGAAGAGAAAUCUCUUACAUGUAUGGAGUGUGGAACAGGCUUCCAUUAUAGCUCAUUUCUUCCUGAUCAGAGAGUUCACAUGGGAGAAAAACUGAAGUGUGAUGAAUGUGGUAAGGAAUUCAGUCAAGACUCACAUUUACAAAACCAUCAUAAAAUCCACAUGAUAGACAAACCAUACAAGUGUAAUCAAUGUGGGAAAGGUUUCAACCGUAGAUCAGCACUGAAUGUUCAUUGCAAGGUCCACACAGGAGAGAAACCUUAUAAUUGUGAAGAAUGUGGGCGGGCCUUCAGUCAGGCCUCUCAUCUUCAGGAUCAUCAGAGACUCCAUACUGGGGAGAAACCAUUCAAAUGUGAUGCAUGUGGUAAGAGCUUCAGUCGGAAUUCACAUCUUCAGUCCCAUCAGAGAGUUCAUACGGGAGAGAAACCAUACAAAUGUGAAGAAUGUGGGAAGGGCUUCAUUUGUAGCUCAAACCUUUACAUUCAUCAGAGGGUUCACACAGGAGAAAAACCCUAUAAAUGUGAGGAAUGUGGUAAAGGCUUUAGUCGGCCUUCAAGUCUUCAGGCCCAUCAGGGAGUCCACACUGGAGAGAAAUCAUACAUAUGUACUGUGUGUGGGAAAGGCUUUACCUUGAAUUCAAAUCUUCAGGCCCAUCAGAGAGUGCAUACUGGAGAGAAGCCAUACAAAUGUGAGGAGUGUGGGAAGAGGUUCGGGAGGAAUUCACAUUAUCAAGUUCAUCUAGUGGUCCACACAGGAGAGAAACCUUAUAAAUGUGAGGUAUGUGGGAAAGGCUUCAGUCAAAGUUCCUAUCUUCAAAUCCAUCAGAAGGCCCACAGCAUAGAGAAACCUUAUAAGUGUGAGGAGUGUGGGCAGGGCUUUAAUCAGAGUUCACGACUGCAGAUUCACCAGCUGAUCCAUACUGGUGAGAAACCAUACAAAUGUGAAGAGUGUGGAAAGGGAUUCAGUCGUAGAGCUGAUCUUAAAAUUCAUUGUAGAAUCCACACAGGAGAGAAACCAUAUAAUUGUGAAGAAUGUGGGAAAGUCUUCAGGCAGGCAUCAAAUCUUUUGGCCCAUCAGAGAGUCCACAGUGGGGAAAAACCAUUCAAAUGUGAGGAGUGUGGGAAGAGCUUUGGUCGGAGUGCACACCUUCAAGCUCAUCAAAAAGUCCACACUGGAGAAAAGCCAUACAAAUGUAAAGAGUGUGGGAAGGGCUUUAAGUGGAACCUUAAUCUUGAUAUGCAUCAGAGGGUGCACACAGGAGAGAAACCAUAUAAGUGUGGGGAAUGUGGUAAGUACUUCAGUCAGGCCUCAAGUCUUCAGCUUCAUCAGAAUGUGCACACUGGAGAGAAACCAUACAAAUGUGAUAUGUGUGGUAAAGUCUUCAGUCGGUCUUCACAACUUCAGUCUCAUCAGAGGGUUCACACAGGGGAGAAACCUUACAAAUGUGAGGUAUGUGGUAAGAGGUUCAGUUGGCGAUCAAAUCUUACAAUUCAUCACAGAAUCCAUGUUGUUGAUAAAUCCUACAAAAACAAUAGGGGUGGUAAGAAUGUCAGGGAAUCCACACAGGAAAAAAAUCCUAUGAAAUGAUUUUUU